AAUUAGCCAGUAAACAUAUACCUAUAGCGUGGCGUCGCUGGUCGCAGUGUUGAAAAGUGUUUGCGUGGUGCAUAUACUGUGCAGCUAUAAGAAAACUCGUUAAUUUACCUUUAAACAAUGGCUUCAGCAGAACCAAAUGCCACGAAAUUAUUUACCCGGGCUCAAGUUGCAGAACGCAGUGAUUCUAAAGAAACAUGGCUAAUUAUUCACAACAGUGUUUAUGAUGUGACAAAUUUUCUCAAUGAGCAUCCUGGUGGUGAGGAAGUACUGUUGGAACAGUCUGGUCGAGAUGGCACAGAGCCAUUUGAAGAUGUUGGGCAUUCUAGUGAUGCUAGGAAAAUGAUGGAACCUUAUAAAGUUGGAGAAUUAGUCGAAGAGGAGAGAACAUCUGCAAAUGACCAAAAAUCCAAAGGUCCCACUGGUAAUGCUGACGAUGACUCCAGUUGCUGCUUGGUGAUGUGACUAUUGAAAAUUACAGCAGCUCCUGGAGAUCCUGGGUGAUUCCAAUUGUAUUGGGCGUACUAGCUACACUUGUCUACCGUUAUUUCAUCAACACCCACUAAUAAGAAGAGUUAUUAUGUGGCAUUUUUUUUUAAUUUGAAGCAUUGAUCGUUCUAUGUAACAGUACUGUUAUAAGAUAUAAAUGGGGAUAUUUGUAUGUUGGAUAGUUAUUUGUACUGGAUGGAAGUGUAUAAUUGUUGUUUCUGAACCAAUAUUAUUGAAAGGCAAACACAAUACAAAAUGCCUAAUCAAACGUAUAAUUACUUAAAUGUAAAUCUAUGAUUAGCAGAGUGAGUUGACUCAUAAAUGCAUUUAGGUGAACAUAAUUUUAAAUAGCUAUUAAGAAAAUAUUGUGGAUAAAAUAAUGUUAUUGUAAAUUUUUGUAUUUUAGUGAAAUAGCUCUUAAAUAUGCAUUUUGUAAUUUCAUUUGUAUUAUUUUCAUAAUUACUGUUAUACAUUGAAAAAUUUCUAUAAAUUUGAGUUGAGCAGGUAUAUUUUCCGAUAUGAAUAAUAAAUUGAAGUUAA